GACACAGCAGUGCAGUCCGUCUGCGAACGUUGGUUGGAUCCUGAUUCGAAGGGGAAAAGUUCAUGAAACAUUGAGCCAAUAAAAGAAAUGUGUACUGAGCUUGUUCACACUGGUAUGCCAGGUACCAAGAGUAAGAUCACUGAAGGCAGUAAAAUUGAAAUUGGAAGACUGUCAGCCAAGAAAGACCUACUAGAGGAAGCAGAGGAUGGAAAAUAAAGUGAAGCAGUGGUUUGUUGUGUGUAUUUCAGCAGGCCUUCUGCAGUUCAACUAAAAACAUGACUGCUCUUUCUUCCGGGAACUGCUCUUUUCAGUACCAGUUACGUCAAGCAAAUCGGUCCCUAGAUGGUAACUGUCUGCUAUUCUUGAUAAUACUUGGGAAAGUAUUAUUAAAUACCCUCACACUAGGAAUGAGAAGAAAAAACACCUGUCACAAUUUUAUGGAGUAUUUUUGCUUUUCACUAGCAUUCAUUGAUUUUUUACUUCUAGUAAACAUUUCCAUUAUAUACUACUACAGAGAUUUUGUACUUUUAGGUGUUAGGUUUACUAAAUACCACAUCUGCCUAUUUACUCAAAUUAUUUCAUUUACUUACGGUUUUUUGCACUAUCCGGUUUUCCUGAUAGCUUGUAUAGAUUAUUACCUGAAUUUCUCUAAAACUCCAAAGCUUGCAUUGAAGUGUCAAAAAAUAUUUUAUUUCUUUACAGUAAUUUUAAUUUGGAUUUCAGUCCUUGCUUAUGUUUUGAGGGAUCCAGGUAUCUAUCAAAGCCUGAAGGCACAGAGUGUUUAUUCUUAUCAAUGUCCUUUCUACAUUAGCAUUCAGAGUUACUGGCUGUCAUUUUCCAUGGUGAUGAUUUUAUUUAUGGCUUUUAUAACCUCUUGGUCAGAAGUGAUUGCCUUGGUGCAGGCUGUUAGGAUGACUUCCUAUAUGAAUGAGACUAUCCUCUAUUUUCCCUUUUCUUCCCAUUCUAGUUAUACUCUGAGCUCUAAGAAAGCACUCUUGCCCAAGUUCAUUAUCUGUUUUCUCGGUACCUGGCUACCAUUUGUACUACUUCAAGUAAUUAUCCUUCUACUUAAAGGACAGAUUCCAGCAUAUAUUGAGAUGAACAUUCCGUGGUUGUACUUUGUCAAUAGUUUUCUCAUUGCCACAGUUUACUGGUUUAAUUGUCACAAGCUUAAUUUGAGAGACGUUACGUUACCUGCGGAUCCUUUCGUCAACUGGAAAUGCUGCUUCAUUCCACUUACAAUUCAUAAUCUUGAGCAAAUUGAAAAGCCUAUAUCAAUAAUAAUUUGUUAAUGUUGCCAUGUGAAAACUAAUUCAAACUGACAACUACAAUAAGAAUCAUAAUUUUACAAAUGGGAAAGAAUGAUGACUCAGGACAUACAAAGAUUGAACUGAAACCGCCCCCCACCCCAUGCCUCCAGCCCCAACUUUCAUACCUUUUCACAAUGUGUCUUUUGGGACUAUGGUAUUAAAAACAAAAUAAUUCCAAGAAAAAUGUUUAUGCCUGUUCUGGAACACUGCAUGUUGCAAAUACUAAUUUAGCAAAGAAGUGAAACGAGUUAAUAUUUGGCCAGUAAUACUGAUCUGUGUUACCCAAAAAAUUACUGGAUGCAAACUGUUAUGUAAAUCUGAGAUUCACUGUCAGUAACAUACAAAUGUAACUAAACACUUUUAUUAAAUUCAGAGCAAGAAAAUCAA